CUUAUUUAAAUGUUUGUUGAUUUUUUUGAGAUAUUGACAUGUGUGCUGAAUAAUAUAGGAAUUUAAAUAAAACUCUUCUGCACUCAACAUUUUAAUCAUUAUCUUCCAAUUAAAAAUUACGUGAUGGCGUCUGCACCUAUGUUUGCGGUAAUUGUAUCUGGUAGAUUGGUACAAACUGAUUUCCAACCAAUUGAUAGUACAAAAUUUGCAACAAAUAUUGUCGAUGCUGAUAAUAUUAAUCAUAUAGUUGUCUUUUUAACUGGUGCACAACCGUUUCCUGAAGGCCUUGGUGGCUCUGUUUAUUUCAGCUGGCCAGAUCCCAAUGCUGCCCCUGCAUGGCAAUUACUUGGGUUCAUCACUAAUGCUAAGCCAAGUGCAAUUUUCAAAAUUUCAAAACUUAAGCCAGAUACAACUACUCUUUCUACACCUUUUGGUGAACAACCAAUAUCUCACGUGGCGCAGAUAGGCAUAUCGGUUGAGCCUUUGCAGCAAUUGGAACUACAAACUCCAAUUACUUCCAGUACUCCUUCAAAUGUGGAUUCCUUUGUAGAGUACACAAACAAAAUGUUAGAAAAUUUUAUUAAUUACAUUUCUUCUUUUGCUGUUUUACCAAACCAGAUCAUGCCUAAUAGGACCGAUAAUUAUGUUCCUUUAAGCACUGUACAACAGUGGUAUGUCAAUUUUCAAAGAAGGUUGCAACAGAAUCCCAAUUUUUGGAAAACUUGAUUUUUGUUUUUUUGUGCUAAUGAUUUUUUUGCUUCAAUGUUUUGUACCUUAUCUGAUUUUAAAGCUUUUACAUGCAAAGAAAGCAAUGUUCUUGGAUAAAUGCAAAACAGUGAUAUCUCUUGACCUGUAUAUUAAACCUUUAUAAAGUUUUUUUUUAAAUGUUUCAAACUCGUGUGCUUUUUAAUGAGUGAUGUUUAAUAUAUUUGACACUCUCUUGAUUUUCUCAUAAGUUAUUCAUUUUCAUAUAUAUAUAUAUAUAUUUUUUGACUGUUAUAUUCUUUUUUGUAUUAAUUACCUUUGCAAAAAAUAUCCCUAUUUGAUAACAUGGUUUCAUUUUUGAGGAGAAUCAAUGUUAGUAAUAGCUGUAAGCAUUAUUUUCAGUUUACAGCAGACCUUCCUUUUACUCGAGGGAUACAUUCCACAAAAGUGCUGCGUAAAUCCAAAUUGAGCAAAUUAGAACUUAAUAAUUGUGUCAAAAUAGGGGGUAAAUUCCAUAGAUAAAAAAAUGCUUCGUUCUAGAGAUAGAUUAGUAUGUAAUAAAAUUAAUGUGCUUAUUUUGAUACAUAUGCAUGACGUGUAUAAAGAAAACAGUAAUAAACUUACUGUUUCUAAAAAAAGCUGGUUAAGAUAGUCUGUUGACAAUUAUUAAUCUUUUUUUUUUCUUCCAUGAUUUCUCGCGUCACUUUCAUGUGUGGGGAUUUUCCUUUACCAACAAAUCAGAAAAAUCAUUUGCCAUUAUCAGGAAAUGGCUCAAAACUUCAAUGAAAGCUUUUUGUUGUUUCUCAUCGUUAUCUGGAUCCUCUUUGGUUUACUCUCCCUUGUCACUUCUAAAAGCUUGUAUUCAGUGAGCUCUGAAAUCCGUGAGCUUAAUAAAUUUACUUCUGGAGCUUCCUAAUUUCAUAAAAUGUCUUCAGUCACCCAAGCUUGUUUAUUAGCAUGCCAAAAUGCAGUUCAUUGCAAGAUAUGUGCAAUCUCAGGAUUUUCGACUUUGAAGGAAGAAAAAGUUAUCUCUAUUUGCAAUGCAUCUUCCAUGUAAAAUCGAAACUCAUCUGCUUGAAACAAAAUAAAGAAGUCAAAUCUUAAAUCAUGUAUCAGCAAAUGCGCCUAAAAUGAGGCUCUACUGUAUUUCUUUGAUAAAAUAUUGUAUUGUACUGAAACAUUUUAAUAUAAAAAAAGUUUUAAAGAACAAAAUAUUUCAUAUUAUUCAAUAGUUUUUAGAAAGCUUACAUUGUUAUAAAAUGAAGUGACUAAAAUGUAUAUUACUUUCUGCACUACAAUGUUAUUAAAGUAUGUUUACAUUAUUUUUUGUUUUGCAUUGAAAAAAAACCUUGAAAAUAAAGGAAUUUUGCAAAAACU